UGUCGUUUCCCCAAAAGUGUAAAAAAUCGCUCUGAAUAAUAAUUUUAUCCAUGAGGAUUGUUUUUUAAAUUAAUAAAAAAAUUUUUUCUAAAUAUAGGCAUAACUAGCUUUAUUUUUGAGCCUAAUUAUUACAUUUCUUCCUUUUGAAUAAUCCUCUUACACGGGAUAAUUUCUUCAAAUGUGUAAUGCGUUUACACUCAUUAAAUAUUGGAUAUUUUAUUUUAAUUUAUAUCGCAGUUUCAGAGCUUUCAAGCUCAACAUUGAAUAGAGGAAUAAAUCGAACCCCCCUCGACACAUUUCAAAAAUCCUCGGAUUAUUUAAUAAUUCACAAUGGAAGAAGAUUUUGCGAAAAGGGGACUAUUCUGGACGCUAACGAUCGGAUAAAAGUUGAUGACGCACCUCUCAAGUGUGACACUGUGGAUAAGUGCUCAUUUUUCUGCCAAACUGGCGAGAAGGAUUACAACGUCAGUGGCAGUCGUAAGGUGGGGAGGACUAUUGAGCGUGUUUUAUCUAAAACUGGUGACAUAAUUCCAAAAUCUUCCGUGAAUUGGCUCUGUUCUGGAGAUAAAUGGAACUCUUUGUUUGUGAAGAAGGGCUGGAUUACUGGCGUAAAGGGUGAUUCAAUUCGUAAAAUGAACCCUCUGUUCAAGUUCUUUAUGAACACUCACGCCGAAUGUGAAAGCGGUGAUUUACUCGACUCUGCAAAGAAUUUAUCUGUCAAAUCCUCUUCUGAAAUGUGCAAGACCAUGAAGAAUUGUGACUUCUUUACUCACACUUUUAUCAUUGAUGAGAAGUUUAUGUCGUUUUCUACAUUAACUAACUUUUGCAAAGGCCAGCCUUUGAAUUUGACUGCUAAAGACGGCAAUUUACUUGGAAUUUUAGCUGAGGUGAGCAAAGAAAUCGCUGAUAAGGGAGAAAACAUUUCCAAGGCUACUGCUAAACCUAUGUACUACUACGGUGGUCCUAUUACCAGUGAUCACUACUACGAUGAUCUCAGACGCGGUUCCAUUGUACCCGCCACUAAUUUGUAA